AUGUCUGAUGCGCUCUCGAGGAUCAAUGCCAUAACCAUGCCAACCAARCUUGAUGCUGAGACCAUUGCGCUGGCACAACUCCAAGAUGACCAGCUUAGUGAUGUCCAAUCCAGCACAUCUCUCAAGCUGCACCUGCUGAACAUGGAAGGUCAUGAUAGACUAUGUGAUGUGACUAAUAAUAUUGUGCGACCUUAUCUUCCACUCAGACGCCAGGCUUUUGACGUCAUCCAUGGUCUUUCUCAUCCUAGUGGCAGGGCCACAACCAACGAACUCAGCGGAAGAUUCGUCUGGCCAGGUAUUAGAAAAGACGCACUCCUCUGGUCCAGACACUACAUACAAUGUCAACGUUCCAAAGUCCAUCGUCACAAUCGCACCACACCAAACCAUAUUGACGUACCAGACAAUCGCUUCGAGCACGUCCACCUGGAUCUCAUAGAGCUGCCCAGAGUCAAGGACCUUCGAUAUUGUCUGACGAUCAUUGACCGCUUCAGUAGAUGGCCACACGCCAUACCACUCAACAACAUGACAGCUGAGACAGUUGGACACGCCUUUUAUACUCAGCGGAUUUGUCAAUUCGGUACACCAUUGACAAUCACCACUAAUCAAGGUCUGCAAUUUGAAUCAGCACUGUUCACCUCACUCUCACGAAUGCUGGGCAUUCAUCGUAUCAGAACGACACCGUAUCAUCCUCAAUGGAAUGGUCUGGUGGAACGGUGGCACCGCACACUCAAGGCUGCUCUUACGUGCAACAAUGAGACACCUUGUGCGGAAAUGCUUUUCGGGACUACACUGCGUAUACCCGGUGACUUCUUUGUUACAGCAAGCACAUCAGCUGAUCCACAAACAUUCGUGAGGAAAUACAGGCAAAUUAUCCAAGCAAUCAGGCCAACACCAACAGCUCAUCACACCAAACACAAGCUGUUCCUACUCAAAAACCUUGACACGUGCACCCACGUCUUCAAGAGAGUAGACUCCAUCAAGAAGCCUCUGGAACAACCAUACACUGGUCCUAAUGAAGUCAUCCAGCGUGUAGACAACAAAACCUACAUCAUCAGGAUCAAUGAGGCAGACAAAACAGUCUCAAUCGACAUGCUAAAGCCAGCAUACAUUGAGWUAACAGACAAUUAA